AUGCUCAGCCGCCCGAACGGCGAGCUCACCAGGGCCGGCCAGUACUACUAUCAGCUGAUCGGCCGGCCGCCCCCCAGCCGGCAGUACGACCGCACCCAGCCCUUGAUCCGCGAGGGGCCCUCGGACUACAUCCUCCUGCGGGGCGGCGUGAAAAAGCUCGUCCGGAGCCUCCAGCCGGACGGGAACUACCACCUCACGAAGCUCGGGAAGAGCUUCUUCAAGGACAAGUGGACGGACUGGCUGGCCCACGUGCCGGUCAUCAUCCGCGGCGUCCGGCGCAGGGGCCGGAACGCCGGCAACGGCUACGAGCGGACCAAGUACCUCCCGGUCACUACGCUGAACGCCACGCUGUCCCGGCAGAGCGACGGCCUCUCGGAGUUCCAGGUGCGCAGGAACGUGAAGGCGGCCGUGCUCGCGCAGCUCGGCAACCCCCAGCCGAACGACAUCAUCAUGGAGCUCUCGGACGAGACCCACUACCUGGACCCCGUGAUGCAGGUCGUCAACGACCAAGUGGAGGUGGAGGCCAUCCUGGAGCAGCCUGUGGGGGGCCUGCGGGACGUCUCCUAUCAGCUGUACUGCGGCGACGACAUCCUGGAGUCCGCCUUCGAGCAGCGGCAGGACAAGCUCUGCGUGGCCAGGCAGCUCGCGGAGCUGAUGCCUGCCGCUGCAGGAGGUGCUGUCGGACUUCGACGCGAUCUGCCCGAACAGCAAGAGAUCCGAGAUUUCUGCGUGUGGCGCGGGGCCCCGAUGUUCUACGUGGACUGCCAGGGCCGCCUGCUAGACAAGUGGGAGCCGGCGGUCAAGGAGCAGCGGGCCGUGGCCUUCACCGGCUGGAACGGCCACGCCUUCUUCUACAAGUCCGCCCGCACCGUCGCGAAGCGCGAGCCGACUGGGGAGCAGGCCAGGUACCGGGGCGACAGGAAGCCGAGCGAAGCCCCCGAGUUCAAGGAGUGGCGGGAGUGGGAGGGUGAGGUCGCGAGCGGCCACUUCUACUCCGAGGACCUGGCGCGGGUCCGGGGCGAGCUGCUGGCCGAGGGCCACUGCCCGAAGGUGGUCAUGCGCAGCCUCUCGGAGUGGCGCUGCCUGCGCCUCCGCGUCCGCGGCGGCGGGGACUGCGUGAUCUCCAAUCUCGACGAGGACGCGGAGGUGCUGGAGGCCUGGAUGGGGCGGCUGAGGCUCCCCUACCGGGGCCAGCGCCUCGCGGGCGCGGCGAGCGAGGUCUUCCUCCACCUCCUCAAGGCGCGGCGGGAUCCGCCCAUCAAGGCCGUCCUCGCCGAACAGGCCCAAACCCUCUGCCUGGAGUGUCACCGGAACAAAACAGCCCUGGAGUUCUCCCACCCCACGACGCGCGAGUCCCGCUUCAGCCGGCGGGCCUACAAAGCCUACGUGGAGUCGAUCUGGCUCCCCCCGCUCGUCUUCCACCUCAACAGCCACAAACCGGACCGGAUCUGCCACGGGGUCGACGUGGUUCGGUGCCGCAAGAACACCCUGGCCAACGCCAAGUUUGCGGCGCCGGCCUUCUGCCCCAAGGACAACGUCGAGCCGGCCCGCGAGGGCCACCUGGCGGACCUCACCUACGUGGAGCUGAAGCAGGACAGGCGGUGCGCGGUCCUCCCGCGGCUCCCGUAUGUGGGCCGCGGGUGGUACGCCAAGCCGCCGGCGGCCUACAUGCUGGAAAGGGGCAUCGCGACCUCGGCCCACUUCGCCUGGAGCCUGGAGGCGUGGCCCGAGGGCGAGGAGCACUACGCCAAGCUGUCGGUCAACGCCCUCAUCGGCCUCUUUGCGCGCAACAUGGACCUGAUCUACACGAUGCGCACCAGCAACCACGAGUACGACGGCUCCGGGUGCCAGUACCGGGAGCUCUUCGUGGACACCGUGGGGGGGAUGCACUGGGACCACAUCUACGUCACGCAGCUGCUGUCCAACAAGAGCUGCCGGCCGAUUCACGACUUCGUCAUGGCCUCGGAGUACGUCGCGGCGGGACCAACCCCUGUUGGACGGCGCAAGAAGCACCCCGACGGCACGCCCGUGUACCGGUGCGAGGAGGUCAAGGACCCGGUGCUCCACUGCCUCGAGGGCGAGAGCCUGCUGCGGCAAGACUCACCUGGCCCGCCAGAUCGUGACCCGCCUCCGGGAAGAGGGGUUCCGGGUCAAGAUCAUCACGAAGACCCACUCCGCUGUGCAGAACUUCGGCAGGCGGAGACGGCCGACGACUGGGAGAUCACGAUGCUCGACACCGGGCUCUGGAGCGACAUCGCCUGCCUCUCCAUGAACCGCCAGGUCAACUUCCUGCUGCUCGGCGACUUCCGGCAGUUCCCGGCGGUGAUGGACAACUUCGCCGGCGCUCAGGUCAUCCGAGAGCUGAAGACCUGCCUAGCCCAGGAGAGGUUCCCGAAAAGGGGCGAGCCGGACGUCAGCCUGGUCAUCUCCCACGCCCACCGCAUCAAGAUCAGACAACCGUCGGCCUGGCCCCGCCGGAAGCUGUGA